AUGGAGAAAGAAGACUCGGCUGGCGCUGGAGUACAAAGUGACCCCCGUAGGAUGCAGAGUGGAAGGAGUGGGGAAUCAUGGGAAAGAAAGAGCCAGGAUAUCCUGGAUGGACACAUCAUCAGCUCACAGGAGCAGUGUCAGCGCUUCAGACAAUUCACCUACAAGGAGGCGGAGGGCCCCCGAGAAGCUUGCACCCAACUCCACCAUCUCUGCCAUCAGUGGCUGAAGCCAGAAAAGCACACGAAUAUUCAGAUCCUGGACCUGUGUCCAGUAACCUUUGGAGAGGUGGCCGUGUGUUUCACCCAGGAGGAGUGGGCGCUGAUGGAUCCUGACCAAAGGGCCCUCCACAGGGAAGUCAUGGAAGAGAACUGGAGGAUCGUGGCCUCUCCUUCCAUGCCUGAUAUUAUCUGCACUGACCAUGAACAAAAUCGCAUUUCUGAGCCACAGCAAGACCACAAGUCAUCCGACCGCUUGGGAAAUGUUAAGAGAGAGCCGGGAUAUUCUGAUCAGAAACCUUCUGCCAGAGGAGAACCGCUUGACGGCAAUAUUUGUGGGAAAUAUUUUGCUGAAAGGAGGGCACUUUCACUUCACAAGAGGGUCCACAGUGCAAACAUAUGUUUCAAAAAGGAAGCAUCUGGAAAAGGCGAGGAUAGCAAACCACAACUCAGGAGCCACCAGAAAAUCACCAUAGGAAGAAAAAAAUACCAAUGUCAGGAAUGUGGGAGACGUUUUGCCAGGAAUUUUUUCCUUCAGGUGCACCAGCGAGUCCACACGGGAGAGAAACCAUACAAAUGUCAAGAAUGCGGAAAAUAUUUUACUUACACUUCAACUCUUCUUGCACACCAGAGUGUCCAUAUGGAAGAAAAACCAUACAAAUGCCAGGAAUGUGGAAAAUCUUUUAAUCACAAUUCAAACCUCCUGACACACCGGAGAGUCCACACAGGAGAGAAACCGUACAAAUGCCACGAGUGUGGAAAAUGUUUUGCUAUCAAUGCAAACCUUUUGACUCACCAGAGACUCCACACUGGAGAAAAACCAUACAAAUGCCAGGAAUGUGGAAAAUCUUUUAAUCGCAAUUCACACCUUCUUGCACACCAGAGAGUCCACACAGGAGACAAACCAUACAAAUGCCAGGAGUGUGGGAAAUCUUUUAAUCAGAAUUCAAACCUCCUGACACACAAGAGAAUCCACACAGGAGAGAAGCCGUACAAAUGCCAGGAGUGUGGGAAAUCUUUUAAUCAGAAUUCAAACCUCCUGACACACAAGAGAAUCCACACAGGAGAGAAGCCGUACAAAUGCCAGGAGUGUGGGAAAUCUUUUAAUCAGAAUUCAAACCUCCUGACACACCAGAGAGUCCACACAAGAGAGAAACAGUACAAAUGUUGGGAGUGUGGGAAAUGUUUCACAUACACUUCAACCCUACUUCUACAUCAGUGUGUCCACACAGGAGAGAAACCUUAUGAUUGCCUGGAGCGUGGGAUAUCUUUUAAUCGCAAUUCAAACCUCCUGAGACACCGGAGAGUCCACACAGGAGAGAAAGCAUACAAAUGCCAGGAGUGUGGGAAAUGUUUUACAUACAAUUCAAGCUUUCUUGCACACCUGAGUAUCCACACAGGACCAAAAAUAUUCAAAUGUGAAGAAUGUGGGAAAUGUUUUGCUCAGACUUCAAGUCCUCUCACACCCCAAGGAGUCUACACCGGAGAAAAACCACACAAAUGCCAAGAUUGUGAGAAAGGUUUAGUUGAGAUUUCACACCUCAUGACACAUGAAAAACCCCAGUCGGACGAGAAACCAUACCAAUGCCAGACGUGUGGGAAAUCUUUUAAUCGCAGUUCUAACCUGCUGACACACCAGAGCGUCCACACAGGAGAGAAACCAUACAAAUGCCAGAAGUGUGGGAAAUCUUUUAAUCGCAAUUCAAAUCUCCUGACACACCAGAGAGUCCACACUGGAGAGAAGCCAUACAAGUGUCAGGAAUGUGGGAAAUGUUUUAUUCGGAGUUCACACCUUCUCAGGCACCAGCGAGUCCACAUUGGAGAGUAAUAUAAAUGCCAGGAGUUCGGGAAACAUUUUGCUCAGAAUUUUAACCUUCAGGGACACAAGAGACAGGUCAUAUAAAUGCAAGACUCAGGGAGUUUUGGUUGUUUCUAAGUCAGAUAUUACGUGGAAUGAGAAAAUACACACAGGAAAGAAACCAAACAAAUGCUAGGGAUCUGGGUAAUGUUUCACUUCCAAUUUACAUCACAGAGUGUAGGCAAGGGAAGCCUACACAGGAGAAUUACUGCAGUUGUUGGUGAAGUCAUUGACGAGUUUUGACUAUUCAGUUUUAUUUCAUCUCUAUCCCAAUUCAUGAGAAAAUUAACUCCACUUUCCUUUUAGUGGCUAAGACUAACUUUUACAACAUAGAGACCCUUCCAGCUGUAAAGUUUUAAGCCCGCCAGUUGUUGUUUUGCUAAUUGAGUUUUAGAGAAAUCAAGAUGGUGGUGACUUUUUUCCACAGUCACUUCAUGAGAUAAUGAAAUUUCCCUAAUUUCUUAUUUUCCUCUUUCUGUACAGUGUAAAUCAUGGUAGAGGAUGGUGGAGAGCUGGUCGUAACAAAGUGUGCCUCCUGACUUAUCCUGGUUAUUCUUAAUGGCAAAGCUAUUUCUGCUUUU